CAACUUUGCCGUAUGCAGUUACAAGCAGACAACUUCUUUUAAUACGCUAUGAUUUGCACAUUUAUUAACUUCUGGAUUACUAUGACACUUACUGCUGCAUAAUAUAUAUUUUCCACUUUUCCCAUAGCCUGCUGUGCUUGUGGCUUCCCUGUAGAGAAGACAAGUUUACUCUCCUUGUUUCAGUGGCUUCUUGCAGUCUGUAGAAGAAGAGGCAAAAAAAAUGGGGCAGAAAAGAAAAAUGCUUGUUGCUGCAAUAAUUUUUACAGUUGUCUGUUACAAAGUGACUGCACAGCAAACAAGACUACUGGAUGUCCAAAAGACCACAAAUGUUGUAGAUGAUCUGUACUAUGGAUGCCGUGAAGAGGCCAUGAAGAAGUUCAUCGAGUCAGACGUGUUAAAACAAGAACUAAAUAACAGUGAAGGAUUUCAGAAAGCAUGGAAUAAAAGUAUUGAGUGUUCAAAACAGAUUGCUGGAGGAAGAAAAGAGCAUAGUGCUGCACUUUCAGUCUAUGUUAAUGGGGAUCGACUGUUCAUACAAACACUGAACAAAGCAAUAGAGACAAUGGGUGGAAAUGUUAGCAUCUAUGAAAACCACUUCCACUUCAAGUCUCUUCAUUUCCUGGUGAUGGACUCCAUGAGGCUGCUGAAGCCAAAGGAGUGCAAGAACUUUUAUGUUUUUCAAGAUGGUCAAAACCAACCACAGAAAGGCUCCACAGUGAGAUUUCCAAGUUUCACCUUAGCUCAUUCAAACUAUGAAGAGCUAAAGAAACUUGAAGAUGUCAAUGAGAAUACUAUUUUAACUCUCACUUCUUGUUUCUUUGUCAACCUGAAAGACUAUGUGUGCGGUCAAGAACAGGAUGAAAUACUCUUAUCUCCAGCAGAAGUUUUCACUGUGGAACAAGUGGAAACAAAAACUACAUCGGAUGAUGACGAAUACCUUGAAAUUGUUUUGAAACAGUCAGGACUGAAAAGCUCACACAACUGUUACAUCUUUUCACGGAUGUCAGUAGGGCAGGAGACUACCACAGCUGUUGCAGAGCGAGACAGGUCUCCUCCAGCUGUUGUCUCCACCCUGUGGCUUGUAUCAGCGCUUGCAGCCUUAUCUUCUGUUUCUUUAGCUGUUUAGCAAAAACAGUUAUCAUUCAGUGUUUUCUGAGUUUUGUCAUCUGCAAUAUUCCUUUGAUUAUUCAUACACUUUUUUUAGGUCUUUAUUUGGCAGAUUGUGGUGAAUAAGCUAUUGCAGUAUUGUGUGAAAAUAUAGUCAAAUACAGUUUUCUGCUUCUGUCAUAUAUUAUGAAUUAUAAACUCAGUUCUUAUUUUCUUUAUGCACGCUAGAAAAAUGUACAGCAUACUUGAAAUAUAUAUACAGUAUAUGUUUAUUAUUUCUUGUUAGGGUUUGCAUGCCUUUAAAAGGAUUAAGGAAAUGAGUGAUGGGAAUGAAAAAAGAUGAUAUGUGUCGAUAAGGUCAGAAUAAAAGUUUGGCACAGUUGCUUCCAGUGUACCUCCGAGUAUCCAACAUUGGAAAUACAAUAAUUCUUUAAUGCAAUUCUGGAAAAUUAUUGUAUGUUAUAUAUAAUAUAUGUAUAUUACAACAUAAAUGUCUUUCAGGAAAACUUUGAUGUAUGAUUCACAGGACUAAACUAAAUACGCCCUUACUGAUUAGGGUAAGUAGCAUUCAAGUACUGCCAUCUCUAUAAAACACUUUGGCACUGGAGCAUUCAGCUUUGUUUUAACUCAAUAUUGUAAUCUUUCCAUGUCUGGUCUUCCCAGUAAAAUCACAAAAAGCCCAAAGAGCUGCGUUUUAGACUCUACAGGCCUCAGUUAACAUGUCAAUUAUUAAACUUUAGGACAAUUGGAAAAACUCUGAACAGGUAUGACUUUUUGAAGGUUUUGCCAGGAUAAAGCUUCUUCUAUCUAAAAACAUCAUGAAGCACAGCUUAGAUUUGUAAAGCUGCUUUGGCUUGUUUUGUAGUCACAGGACCUGGGAACCUUGCAGUCACUGAGUGGACCGUGAACUCAUCUGUAUACUAAAAUAUUCCAGAGUCAAAUGUGAGGCCAUCUGCCUGACAUGUAAAGUUUGACUCAAACUUGCUCAUGCAACAGGACAAUGAUCUCAAGCACAGCAGCAAAUCUGCAACAUAAUGGUUGAGUAAGAAAGGAAUGAAGGUGUUGCAUUGAGACCAGUCAAAGUCCAGACCACAAUCUACCUGAAGUGCUGAGCUGUUAAGAGAGCUGUGCAUGAACAAAUGUUUGCAAACCUCAAGAAACUGAAGCAACUUCCAAAAUUUCUCCACAAUGAUGUGACAGACUGACAAAGUCAUACAGGGAAUGAUUAUAUCAAGCUACUGCUGCUAAAGGUGUUUGUACAAGCUACUGAAUCAUGGGCAUACUUAGGCUUUUGGUUUUGUUUAGUUUUUAUUACUUGGUAUUAUUGUAUUGGAUUUUUCUUACAAUAUAAAGCAACUUGUUGUGGUUUGGUGCCAUAUAAAUAACAUUUUAUUCAAACUGAAUUUGUUUUUCGUGUGUCCCAAUGUAUGUGCCAAAAGUAUAAAUGAACUGCCAUUGUUAAAGUUCCAUAUAUACUCUGUGCUAAUAUAUUCGCUUUCACUGGAGAUUUUACAAAACUGAAACUUCUCACAUGAUCAUUUUGUUUGUUUACACAAAUAAGCCCACUUUGUUCAUGUAACUAAACAGAAUAACUAAAAAUAAUAAUUAUGUAUAAUUUGUUACAAAUAUUCAGACUUAUAAACUUAAAUUACAUUCAUGCAAAUUAAUUGUUGCUGUGGGUCAAAUAUUUGUGCAUGUUUGUUGAGGUAUUUCCUCACUUUGCUCUGAUCAGUGUUACUCAAAAAAGUAAUUACUGCACAUAUUACACAGAACACUUUUCUCAAAACUAACGCUGUACGUUACUUAAUUACUGCCAGGAAAAAGUAAUUCAUUUUCCUACUCAUUACAUUACUUUCCUGUUACUCUGUAAAACAGCUGAAACCCACUGACUCAUAAUCACCAUUUAACAUUAUAACCUGAGGCUACAGGCCCACACACCAACACAAAUCCCUAAUGAGGACACACGUCUCUAACAUCUUUCUCUUAGUAGAAUACAAAGCUGACCACAUACAAAAAGAAAAAGAAGACCAACACCAAAAAGGGCCACAGUGAUUCUGAUUAGAAACAUGAACAGGAAGAAAGUGAAGCUUAACUGCUCAUCUUCUUGUUACCUGUUGAGGUUCAGGGUCUGGCUGCUGGGGUCGGCAUUCACUCAGCUUUCAGUCUGGGUUUUUGGCUAGCUUAGCAUUAGCAUGCUAUCUUGGCUGAUGCUUGCAAAGUACCGAAGUUAGUGUUAGCAGCAUAAUGCGGUUGUUUCUGUCCUGGAUGCAGUUUUGCACUUUGCCAUUUAUCUUGUCUUUUUGUGCAAUAAGAAUAAAGUAAAUGUCCAUAUCCACACUA